UAAGUCAAUUAAAUUUCCUAAAACUAUGUACCGAUCAAACUGUAACACUUAAAAAAACAUGGAAGGAGUAAUUGUUACCAUACCUUCAAACCAAACACACAAUAACGAUAUUUUAAAACUAUGUACCGAUCAAACUUUAACACUUAAAAAACACGGAAGAAGUAAUUGUUACCAUACCUUCAAACCAAAAAAUACACUAACCAAACAACCCCUAAAAAUAAUUGUGGGCCAAAUUUUAAGAGACUACUCUUCUAUCUUCUGGAAUUUUUGCAUUAAAUAUUCAUUCACCUCGAGCUCACAAGUCCCAAGACGAAGCAAAUCCAAGUGGAUGACACAUGGGCGAACCGAAAACAUAGCAAAACAAACCUCAAAGAGAUGAUAAAAUCUACAAGUAAUGUCCGUCCAUGUGCAUACAAGCGCACAUACAGAGACUUUGAAACUCUCACACUCAACAAGAAUGAAUGUCCUUCCAUUUUCCCACACUUACAAUUUCGUUAUUCGCGCCAACCUGUAAUCUAAGCAAACCACCCAAAAUAUUCAUUUUAAUUAUUUCCUUCAAAAUAGAAAAUUAAAUUAACCAAAAAAAAAAAAAAAAUUGCAAAUGGUGGUGGGAGAAAGGUCACCUUCUUUGUUUUGCUUCAAAAUUUAAUUACCCUUCCAUCCCUUUCUUCUGCUAACCUCUUUUUAAAUAAUAUUAUUAGCAAUAUAAAUUACCCAUUAUAUUUCUAUUUUCAAAAUUUUACAUUUUUUUGGUUCAUUUUCAUACCUACAUUUCCUCUUCAAAUUAAUUUUUUUUUCUGGGUCAGAAAAAAGAUUCAUUCUUGCAUUCGAGGGAAGCUUUUGGAAGAUUUCUUAUUAAUUAAGGAAUGCCUGGAUCGGAUAUGAAUGAUGAUAUAGAGAAGAAUUCGAGCCACAAUGGGAGCUUAUAUAACUUCAAAAGAAGCCAUAAGAACCAACAUGCAUCACCAAUAAGUCCUCUGAGUCCUGGUUCUGCUAGUAUUGGUUCAAUUGAUCUAGCAAUUCUUAAUGUUGUUGACAACUCAAUAGAACAGUUGUAUCAAAAUAUCUGUGAUAUGGAGAGCUCUGAUGAAUCCCAAUCAACUCAUAGCGUGACAAGCUAUGGUAAUGAAUCGAGGAUUGAUUCUGAGCUUCGACAUCUUGUGGGAGCUGAUAAUGUUGUGGAUACUGAGGAGGAUAUAAAGGAGGUUGUUGUGGAAGAGCAACAUGAUAAAACACCACAAAGUGUGAAGAAGAAGAAGAAGCCGAAGAAGGCUAAUAAGGGAAGGAAAGUGGAGUGGAAGGAUAAUGAUGUUGAAAUAAUUAGUGAGAAGCCUCCUAGUGGCAAGAGGAAUGCCUCAAGAAGAUCGAUAUCAGGCUCUUCAGGUGAAGAUAAGUUUUUUAAGAAUCAUAAUGGAACUGGUCGAGGAGAUGUGGAGAAAGGAAUUGACAACCCGGAUUUAGGGCCAUAUUUACUGAAGAAAGCUCGGGAUAUAAAUACAUUGGGAGACAACCCGAAAAGGGCAUUUGAGUUUGCCCUUCGAGCAAAGAAAUCAUUUGAAAGUUGUGCUAGUUCUGAUAAGAGGCCGAGUUUGGAUUAUGUAAGUUGUUUGCAAAUGUUGGCUUCAAUGCAUUGUGCUGCAGGAAAACACAAGGAAGCCAUUCCUCUUCUAGAACAAUCCAUAGAAAUUCCUAACAUUGAGCUAGGCCAAAGCUAUGCCCUUGCUAAAUUUGUGGGGUGUAUGCAGUUGGGUGACGUUUAUGCAAUGAUGGGUCAAAUAGAGGAGGCAAUUAAUCUCUAUAAAGUUGGUUUAGAGAUUCAGAGAACUGUUCUUGGAGUUAAGGACCCCCGGUUUGGAGAGACUUGUCGGUAUGUGGCAGAGGCUUAUCUUCAAAUACUUGAAUUUGAUGAGGCCGGGAAGCUUUGUAAACUGGCUCUGGAUAUCCAUAAAGAAAAUGGCUGUCCCCCUUCAAUCAAAGAAGCUGCAGACAGAAGAUUGAUGGGCUUAAUUUGUGAUUCAAAGGGCGACUAUGAAGCUGCCCUAGAACAUUAUGUAUUAGCAAGCAUGGCUAUGCAUUGCAAUGGGCAGGAAUCAGAUGUUGCAGCUGUUGACUGUAACAUUGGAGAUGCAUAUUUAGCCUUGGCUCGAUAUGAUGAUGCAAUUUUCACUUACAAAAAAGCACUUAAUGCUUUCGCGUCUAGCAAAGGCAAGAGCCAUCCAACAGUUGCUUCAGUCUUUGUUCGUUUGGGAGAGCUUUACUGUAAGAUAGGGAAAUUCAGUGAGUCAGUAUCAUAUUGUGAAAGAGCCCUUGAGAUAUAUUCUAAGCCACCACCCAAGGGAACCGAUGUGGAGGAUAUUGCAAAUGGUUUGACGGAUCUUUCUGCUAUAUAUGAGUCAAUGAAUGAGCUUGAUAUGUCCAUUAAACUACUGAAAAAGGCACUAGAACUACACAGUGAUGAGGCAUCACAGAAGAGCAAGAUUGCAGGAAUUGAAGCUCAAAUGGGGGUGUUAAAUUAUAUGCUAGGGAAUUACUCCGAUUCAUAUAAUUUCCUUAAAAGUUCUGUUUUGAAGUUUGAGGAUUCAGGGGAAAAGAAGUCUUCCCUUUACGCGAUCACUUUGAAUCAACUAGGCCUUACCUGUGUACAGCUCAGUCUAAUUUCUGAGGCUGCUGAGCUCUUCGACAAAGCCAUGAGUAUUUUAGAGCAAGAAUAUGGAUUGUUUCACCCUGAUACUCUAGGGGUUUACAGUAAUCUUGCAGGCACUUAUGAUGCCCUUGGUAGAUGUGAUGAUGCAAUUGAGCUAUUAGAAUUCGUGGUGGUGAUGAGAGAAGAGAAGCUCGGAACAGCUGAUCCUAUUGUGGAUGAGGAAAAGCGGAGGUUGGCAGAAUUACUGAAAGAAGCAGGGAAAGCGAGAAGAAGAUAUUCUAGGUCACUAGAAACACUCCUAGACAAAGAUAUGCAGAGUGGUGUGAUAGGUACAAAAAAACAACUGUCUGGGAUGUAGACUUCUUGUCUACAUUCCAUUCUUUUUUCCAGCUCAAGAGAAUAUUUUGUUCUGCCCCAGUUGUAGAAUCUGUAUCCUCAGAGCAGCAAUGAACUUAAGUCCAAUGAAUAUUUUUAAAACUUGCUGCUUCUCAAGUCACGAGUGUAUAAUAGACAUGAAAUGCUAAACAGAAUUCAAAAUUUUUCUGUCACUUUGUUCCUCUCAUGUAUAGUAAUAUUUGUAUUAGAACUAACGGUGGAAAUGGAAUGUUUUUUUUUCUCGGGAGAAGGGGUUUGUAAAAUACUAAAUGUACAAGUAUAAAGGAAUGUAGAUAUGAAAAUGUAAAUAUUUUUUUUUGAUUUGUUUUCA